UAGUAUUAUUAUUUGUCUAUGUUUAUAUAGAUUCUAUUGAUUAUUUUAUAUUUUUUAUUUAUGUAGGAUUGAAUCAACUGAUUGAACCACUGACCCAGCAAUUGAUUUAGUAACUCAGUAGCUUGAUCGGUUCGAUUUUGAUAACUAUGCUUCAGAGUCUCCGACGCACCGUUCUCCUCCUCUAGCUGCUGGUCCAGCAACACUUCAACGGCGAAACAACCCUUUCGUUCUCCGUUCGCCAGAAAUCCCAACCAUUGCUGGAAUUUGUUUCUCUUAUCGCAAAGUUCUGAUCUAAUUCACCACCAUGGCAAAGGGUAAAGCAACUUCAGAGCUCAACAUCGCUAUUAUUCACCCUGAUCUCGGCAUAGGUGGAGCUGAAAGAUUGAUUGUGGAUGCAGCUGUUGAGCUUGCAUCCCAUGGCCAUAAAGUUCAUAUUUUUGCUGCACACCAUGAUAAAAAUCGAUGCUUUGAGGAAACUAUUUCUGGUACCUUUCCAGUUACCGUGUAUGGUUCCUUUCUUCCCCGGCAUGUAUUCUACCGUCUUCAUGCAUUGUGUGCUUACCUCCGGUGCCUAUUUGUUGCUUUCUGUAUGCUAUUUUUGUGGCCUUCGUUUGAUGUUAUAAUUGCUGAUCAGGUCUCCGUAGUCAUUCCCAUCUUAAAACUUAAAAGAUCAGCAAAGAUUGUAUUCUAUUGUCAUUUUCCCGACUUGUUGCUGGCUCAACAUACCACUUUCCUCCGGAAGUUGUAUCGGAUACCGAUAGACUAUGUAGAAGAAGUCACAACUGGAAUGGCUGAUUUGAUACUUGUUAACAGCAACUUCACUGCUUCUACUUUCGCGAAUACUUUUAUACAUCUCAAUGCCAAAGGGAUUCGACCAGCUGUUCUGUACCCUGCAGUUAAUGUGGAUCAGUUCAAAGAACCCAGUUCCUUUAAGCUGAACUUUCUUUCCAUUAACCGCUUUGAAAGGAAGAAGAACAUAGAAUUAGCAAUUUCAGCUUUUGCUAUGCUUCAUUCGCCUGAAGCUUCUUUGACUAUUGCAGGUGGCUUUGACAUACGGUUGAAGGAGAAUGUGGAAUACUUAGAAGAGCUUAAGGCUUUAGCUGAAAGAGAAGGUGUCUCUAAUAGAAUAAGAUUCAUCACCUCUUGCUCUACCACUGAAAGGAAUGCCCUACUCUCGGAAUGCCUGUGUGUUAUUUACACUCCAAAGGAUGAGCAUUUUGGCAUUGUUCCGGUGGAGGCGAUGGCAGCAUACAAACCUGUUAUUGCAUGCAAUAGUGGUGGACCAUUGGAGAGUGUGAAGAAUGAUGAAACAGGAUUCCUUUGUGAUCCUAUACCAGAAGAGUUUUCUUCUGCAAUGGCCAAAUUCAUAAAAGAUCCCAAAGAGGCUGAAAGAAUGGGUAGAGAAGCUAGAAAGCAUGUGGUUGAUUCAUUCUCCACACACACAUUUGGCCAAAGUUUAAAUAGGUAUAUAGUUGACAUUCACAGAGGAAAAGAGGACUAAUGUCACCUUUUUUAAUCAAAUUUAUUUUCUAACAUGGUAUAUAACAUGAUUUCGAUACGCAAAAUUGUUCAAUUGAUGAUCAUUCAACAUGAUCUUAGUUGACUUGGUUAACCAUCUUAUAAGUGUUGGAA